UGAAUGAAGAUGAAUGACGUCAAUACGUUGAUGACGUGAUGUUGUCCAUGAUGGUGGUGGUGGUGACACCUCCCAGGCUUGACACACACUACUACCAACACUAGUUCCAUCUUCACCACCAUGUAUCAUCAUAGUUCAGGUGACACGUAUGCUAUUCUUCCCACCAACAUCAAGUCUCGUAGGCUCCAGCCUGGUAAACGAACUAUAUUGGUUUCAAUUUUACUCUCCCUAAUGCUUUUGAUAUCACAGCUUUUUCGAGCCUUGCAGCUGGACCAGCCUCCAAGACUGACAAAUGUCAAUAUUAUGCAGCCAUUAACAAAUCUCAAUGAAGAAAGUGAAGUACCAAGUUGUGUCAAAACAUAUUUGGGAUCGUCAUCUCGGCAUUACAGUUCUCACAGAGCCUCAUGCCACCAUCUUCCUGCUCCUCGUGGUUUGUGUUCACUUGUGCAAACUUUAUUUUUUAGCAGCAAGCCCCCUAAUUGCAGUCAUCAGGCAAAAGUUACUUUUUGUGUGUUGGAAUCUGGGAGUAUAUCAUGCAGAUCGCCUCUGCAGUGUAGAAAUUUAAACCAUUAUAUUGGUGUUUUUAAUAAUGAGGUAGCAGAAAUUAAAUGGCAGCAAAUCAAACCAAGUAACUUAAAAAGAGCACUUACAUCUCACUUUCAGCAAGAAGGGCACUUUGGUUUUGUUUUCAUAAAAUGUUUCAACACUUCUGAUCUGGUGGAAGACUUUGGACAACCUCAGUAUGAUGAAGACUAUGCCCAUGAAAAUUUAGAGUCAUACACCCAACUGUUUCUUUAUCCUAGAAAAUUUACGAAUAUUGUGCAAACAUAUAAGGCAAAAAAUAAUAAUGUAAAUAUUAAUUUUGUGAUGAUAGAUUCUUUAUCUCGAGCUCACUUUUACAGGUCAUUACCAAGGACAGUUAGAUUUUUUGAAGAUUUAUAUGAGGAAGUUAAUCCUGCAGUGUUUGAUUUUCAGUUCUUUCAGGCAUUGAAACAAAGAACCUAUGAAAGCCUUCAGGGUCUUUUCUCAGGUUAUGUAAAUGUUACAGAGAUUCCUUUUGGUACAUAUGAUGUUCCUAGAUACCCUUUACCAGUUUCACAGCUGUUUGGUCUUUUUAAGAAGAAGGGAUAUCGGACACUCUGGCUUGAAGAUUUAUGUUGGAACUGGGAAUGGGGAUUAAUAAAAGACCUGAAAGUCAUUAAUGACACACUCUAUGGCCAAGCUUUGUGGGAAAAUUUUAAAAAAGCACUUAAACAUGCAAGUAUUGAUGAUAUUGAUGUAACACUAGCUAGCUGUGAUAUUCUUCAAUCGAACGGUAAAAAAGAUCCUUUUCAUAACUUGCCAGCGGUGUGCUUUAAUGGCCGACAUCAUCAUGAGUAUGUGUUAGAUUAUCUUCAGCUGUAUCAAGCAUCCAUCCAAAAUUCUGGCCAGCCUUUCUUAACUCUAACUAUCACUGAUGUUGCUCAUGAUGAAACUGGAUUACGGGUACAAACCUUGGAUGAUCCUCUUGCCAAGUAUUUGAAAUUUGCUGCAAGAUUAAAAAAUACCAUAACUAUUCUUUUUUCGGAUCAUGGUAACACAUAUGGCAAGUUUAUUCAAUUAAGUCCUGAAGCACAUGUUGAAACCUUUAAUCCAUUUUUGUUUAUGAUUAUUCCAAAAGAUGUACAAGAUAUUUUGGGGGAUGUUCAGAUAAGAAUUUUAAGGGAUAAUGAGAGACGUUUAGGAAGUAUGAUUGAUUUACAUAACAUGCUUCUACAAUUAAUUGGUGAAACGAGUAAAGUAGCUGACAAAAGUUUUGCUAAAAGAUAUGUGACUCCUGGUGGAUUUUUAACCAGCUUAUCAUCAUCAAGGACUUGUAAUGAUAUUCCCCUCCUACAUCCAAAUUUAUGCAUUUGCAAAAAUUUUGAAGCAUCAGUAGAACCUGGUCAAGUUCACAUGGUUCUUGCAGACUUUGGACUUGGAGUCUUAAACAACCAGAUAUUAAAGCAACACCGCAAAGGGGGAGGUGUUGGGUUUGGAAAUUGUAGGCCUCUUAGAGCUGCUAAGUUAAGAAAGGUUCGUGAGACACGUGUAUCAGUAGAAUUGAUUCGAUAUAAGUUGGACAUUGUUGUACAAAGUGUACAAAAUGAAAGUGACAACAGAGAUUUGUUUUUCCUAACAUUAGAGGCAGGAUCCAAGACGGCAGCACUGCGUUUGAUAUCCUACGAACGCAUGAGCAUGUAUUCAGUUUAUAGUACUUGUCAAGAUGAUAGUGUUGAACUUAAACUAUGCAUUUGUAAUAUUAGAAAUCGCAAUCAGAAUGCUGAUUUUUUGAAGUUCCUCUUUUUUGGUAACCUUAUCCCAGAAUUUAAUUUUUUUAUGAAGAACACAAACUUCAAUUCCAAUGCACAAAUGAUUGAUUUUCUUAUUAGUCCACUUCUGGGCAUUAAGCCUAGAAUAGAUAUUGCAUAUCCAAGCCACACUCCAUGUCUUUUCACAGUCAUACAUAAAUACAAAUCAGGCAUUGUUUUGCUAGCUGCAAAUUUUUGUUCAACAUUUUAUGAGCUAGAUGUAGUGAUGGAAUCGGAUAAUUUGAACCUGUCAUGUCCAGAGCAUUCCAAGUUCUUGUUACAUUCUAGUGAUGUGAAACUCCUUUUUGCUGGCACUGUGGCUAAUCCAAAAGUAGCAUGGCAGUGGAGUCAUGAUAUCAAAAUUAAGUCAAGAAUUGAAGGUUGAUUCAAAGACAAAUACUAAGAUACGUAUUGUUGCCAAUGUAAGAAAAAAAUAGUUGCUGCUCAGUGUUCAAACUAUUGAAACAUUUUAUGAGAGUUAACAGUGCCAAAAGCACUGCUAGCCAUGUAAUGGCUAGCAUUACAUGACUAGCAUGGCUAGCCAUUGCAUAGCCAUGUAAUGGCUAGCAGUUCCAGAAAUGCUAGGUUUAGAGUCCUCCACAAUCCACAACUGAGGGAAAGGUUGCUGAUAUAUACUAGUGGCUUGUAUUUUAAUAUUUGUCCUGUCAUAUGGCAUUUUGCAUGAGAGAAUGAAAUAGCUUUUGCGAGUUGAGGAUCCUCAAUCCUAAAUUGUAGUGUAUGUAGCACAAUAGUAGGUAGAAAAAAAGGCUGAAGUAGGUUCUGCAGCUUUAUGUAAUUAGAUAUAAGAAAAAUUGUUUCCUUAUAAGUAAGGUUAUGAACAUUGGCUUUCUAUAAUUGAUAACUGAGCUAAUUCCUAAAGAAACAGAUCUAGUCACCACUCUUACUGGUAUCAAUAAUUUUCUACUGCCCAUAUGACAGUGCUUAAAUUCUUUAAGUUUGCUUCUCAGGAUGCUGUUAUGAAUGUUAGUGAUGUAUAUUAUUACACUUCUUUUUUAUGUACAUGCAGUACUGUGAUGAAAUUUUACCUGUUAUAUAUACAACUGUUUUUUGUAUAUUCAAACAUCCAUGUUCAUGGUGUACCAAAUUGACAUACCAUAUAUGCGCUGGCAUACAAAUUAACCCAGCAUAUAAAUCAACCCCUAAAAUUUUGAGGUGUUAAUUCAGGUUUUGUCUAUAUUUGCUGGAUAGGUCAAACUUUUCCCUCCUUCCCUUCCCCACCCAAAAAAUAGCAACAUCACAUCCAUCAGACUCAAGUUCAGAGGCUCUGAGUGGACUGUCAUGCACCAUUAUUAUUAGGAGGAAGCAGUGCAUCUUAUUUUCUCCAGUUUUAAUUUUUCUAUUUUUUGUUGUUUAGGUAUUAUUUUUAAUAAAAUGUAACAUUCUUUUUAUUAAAAUUAUGUCUGGGCAACAAAAAUAAAACAGGUAAGAAGUAACAAAUAAAACUUGCAACUGUGCGUACAAGUUUUGGUAACAGCAUGAUAGCACCAGUAGGGUAAUGGUGUCACUUCCCUCCUUUGAUAAUGUGCUGCUGUCUUAUUUUCACUUCUGCCAUAUACAGUGGACCCUCGAUCAACAAUAUUAAUCCGUUCCUGAGAGCUCAUCGUUAGUCGAAAUUAUCGUUAGUCGAGUUAAUUUUCCCCUUAAGAAAUAAUGGAAAUCAAAUGAAUCCGUUCCUGACACCCCAAAGUAUUGAAAAAAAAAAUUUUUACCACAUGAAAUAUUAAUUUUAAUACACACAAACUGAAGAAGACGUGUACAAUUACAUGACACUUACCUUUAUUGAAGAUCUGGUGAUGAUUGAUGGGAUGGGAGGAGGGGAGAGUGUGGAUGGUGUUAGUGUUUAGAAGGGGAAUCCCCUUCCAUUAGGACUUGAGGUGUCAAGUCCUUUUCUCGGGGUUACUUCCCUUCUUUUAAUGCCACUAGGACCAGCUUGAGAGUCGCUGGACCUCUGUCGCACAACAUAUCUGUCCAUAGAGGCCUGUACCUCCCGUUCCUUUAUGACAUUUCUAAAGUGUUUCACAACAUUGUCAGUGUACAGGUUGCCAACACGGCUUGCAGUAGCUGUGUCAGGGUGAUUUUCAUCAAAAAAGGUUUGCACCUUAAGCCACAUUGCACACAUUUCCUUAAUCUUUGAAGUAGGCAACUUCCUCAAUUUCUCUAUCCCCUCCUCCGGAGCAGUUUCCUCAGGUCUGGCCUCUUGCUGUUGAAGAUGAUCUAGCAGCUCAUCAGUGGUUAGUUCAUCAUUGUCCUCCUCCACCAACUCUUCCACAUCCUCCCCACUAACCUCCAACCCCAAGGACAGCACACACAAAUUAGCCUUGAGGACAUUGUUUUUCCUGAACACACUGGGAGUUUCAGAGUAAUACACCAAUAAAGGCUUCACUUUGCAAUCACCACUAGCAUUAGCACACAUCAACAGAGUAAGCCUGUCUUUCAUAGGCUUAUGUCCUGGGAGUGCCUUUUCCUCCUGAGUAAUGUAGGUCCUGCUUGGCAUUUUCUUCCAAAACAGGCCUGUUUCGUCACAAUUAAACACUUGUUCAGGUUUCAUUUCUUCACUGUCUAUGUACUCCUUGAAUUCCUGCACAUAUUUUUCAGCUGCUUUUUGGUCCAAACUGGCAGCCUCACCAUGCCUUAUCACACUAUGUAUGCCACUACGAUUCUUAAAUCUCUCAAACCAACCUUUGCUGGCCUUAAAUUCGCUCACAUCACCACUAGUUGCAGGCAUUUUUCUAAUUAAAUCGUCAUGCAACUUCCUAGCCUUUCCCAUAUGAUCGCUUGAGAGAUGCUAUCUCCUGCUAUCUGUUUUUCAUUUAUCCACACCAAUAACAGUCUCUCAACAUCUUCUAUCACUUGCGUUCUCAGUUUCGAAAACAUAGUUGCACCUCUGGCAAGAACAGCUUCCUUGAUUGCCGUUUUCUUGGCCACAAUAGUAGCGAUGGUUGAUUGGGGUUUUGUGUACAACCUAGCCAGCUCGGAGACACGCACUCCACUUUCAUACUUAGCAAUGAUCUCUUUCUUCAUAUCCAUAGUAGUUCUCACCCUUUUUGCUGUAGGAUUGGCACUAGAAGCUUUCUUGGGGCCCAUGGUGACUUAUUUUGCAGGUGCAAUCACUAAAAACGCUGUGAUAACAUGAAAUGUUCCGAUUGUAUGUUUGGAUGGGACCGCGGUGGCUGGCUGGCUUGUAAACACUGGCACCCACAGGACAAGUGAGGCGCGCUCAGGCCACAACUGGAUGCGUCUCAAAUGGAACGAAUCGCGUUGGUCGAGUUUUUUAGCGCUAGUCGAGGCAAAAUUUUGCGUUAAAAUGUAUCGCUAGGCGGAUUUAACAUUAUACGAUGCCAUCGUUGGUCGAGGGUUCACUGUAAUAGCAAUAUUUAUACUAGGCUCAAAAAGUUGACUUUUACACCAGUAUAUACAGUACUUCAAAUAUCCAAUGAUUUUACUGAAGUCUGUCUCUUCUAAGCUAUUGAGGAGAAGGUCUAAAUAGAGAAAAGAUUGGUACUGUUGUAAGUUGUGCUGAAAAAGAAACCAAAUGAAGAUUAGAAAGAGACAGAGGGGGAAAAAAAUAACGUUAAGAGAUGAUAAAGUGCCUAAAGAAUUUUAAUAUUCAAGAUCAUAUGGGAGAAUUUGAAAAUAUGAAAAAGAUAAAAAAAAACAGCCACUGAAAAUAACAGUCACACAGGUUAAGCCAAAGAAAAAAUUGCUAAAGAAAUGUAGUAAAAAAAAAAAUGGAAGCCUAUUGACAUAGACUAGACCUAUGAAAAAGGACAGGGUAAAAUUAAAUGCAUUUUUCUAAACACUGCUAAGGGGUUAAAUGAGGUUAGAAGUCAGUAAGAAUUUUUUUUUACAGAGUUACAGGGUCAUAACCUAUCAAAUGGUUUCUCAAAUAAACAAGCACAAAAUAGUUUGUAUAUUGACUAAAAUACUGACAAGGGAAACGGUGAGAUUUUUAUAUUCAUUAUGUACUAAUUUAAAAAAUACUAGAGUUAAACAUUAUUCACAAGUAGAAACCUGAUAUACGUACCGUUAAACUGAAACUAAACUAAAUGAGGUUGUAUCUGAUGAAAAAUAUUCAGUAUUGGUAAAAGAAAUGCAGGCAAGUGGAAGAUGGUACACAUGUUACAAUUUAAGAGAGAUGACAUGGUAGACCCAUUAAACAGUAUAAGUGAGUUUCAGUGAGUACUUAAUAAAGGGUGUGUAAAGGUAGAAAGUUGAGAGUGAACAUCGAUAAGAGUAAAGUGAUGAGGGUAUCAAAUGAUUUUCAUAAAGAAAAAUUGGAUAUCACAUUGGAGAGAGGGAAGAAAUGAAUGUUUUUAGAUAAUAUUUGGGAGUUGACGAGUCAGUGGAUGGGUUUAUGAAGGAUGAAGUUAACCAUAGAAUUGAUGAAGGAAAAAUGGCGAGUGGUGCAUUGAGGUAUAUGUGGAGACAAAAAACGUUAUCUAUGAAGGCAAAGAAGGGAAUGUAUGAAAGUAUAGUGGUACCAACACUUAUAUGGGUCUGAAGCUUGGGUUGUAAAUGCUGCUGCGAGGAGGCAGUUGGAGGAGUGGAGAUGUCCUGUCUAAGGGCAAUGUAUGGUGUAAAUAUUAUGCAGAGAAUUUGGAAUGUGGGAAUUAGGAGAAGGUGUGGAGUUAAUAAAAGUAUUAGUCAGAGGGCUGAAGAGGGGUUGUUGAGGUGGUUUGGUCAUUUCGAGAGAAUGGAUCAAAGUAGAAUGACAUGGAGAGUGUAUAAAUCUGUAGGGGAAGGAAGGCGGGGUAGGGGUCGUCCUCGAUAAGGUUGGACUGAGGAGGUAAAGGAGGUUUUGUGGGCGAGGGGCCUGGACUUCCAGCAAGCUUGCGUGAGCGUGUUAGAUAGGAGUGAAUGGAGACUAACAUGUUAUAUAUCUUUAUAUAUGCUUCUAAACUGUUGUAUCUGGGUGCCUCUACAAAGACAGUGAUUAUGUGUGAGUGAGGUGAAAGCGUUGAAUGAUGAUGAAAGUCUUUUCUUUUUGGGGACUUUCUUUCUUUUGGGUCACCUUGCCUCAGUGGGAGACGGCCGACUUGUUGAAAAAAAAAAAUUGACAUUUAGAGAUAUGACCUCUUCAACAAAAAGUAUUUUGCAGGUUCAGAGUACAUGGGACCUCUAGAAACCUAACUACUAUGAAUUUGGGGGUUUUACCUUAUCUCUUUCUUUGUAUGCUAGUUUAUUUCCCAGUGUAUGAGUAAUUUGGCCUUUCAUCCAUGAAAUAUAUGUAUAUUCCAGAAAUGUUUAUCCUUUUUGAAGGAUAUUUAGUUCGGUUAUUAGAUUUAAUCUUUUUUAUUUUGUGUUGAAGACAAGUACAGUUCUGUAUCUGCAUUGAAAGCAGUAAUGAUGACAAAUAUGUGAAAUGAUUAAAAGUUGCCUUUUAAUUUAUUAUAUUUUGAAUUUUGUUAUCUUCAUAUACAGAAUGUGCAGCAUAACUUUUUGCUAGAAUUUUCAUUUAAAUUGUUUUGCCACCUUAUUUUGCAUAAUAUUCAUUGGGCAGUUAAAAAAUCUCUUGCAGCAGUAUUUAUCAUUCAUAUUUAUAAUUGUUUUUCUGUCAUUGAAGCCCUGGAGGGUCCACCUGGAACAAGUCAUGCCUUAUUUAGUAAUUACCUCUCUGGCCCCAGCAGUGUCUAUAAUUCAUCUUAUGCUCAGUAUUGGGUCCCUUUCACCACUCCUCACUAUAUUAAUUUGCUAGUUAUGUCUGUCUUCAGCUGAGAACCAAGCAAAGAUCCAAACCCCAAUCAUAAUAGUUGAUUCUAUCUUCAUAUGAGACAAUUUUCUGGUAGUUCUUCCUUUAUCCAGUGCCAUGCCAGCUUUAUGGAUUUUAUCAGAGUCUGCAUACAGUCAUCCUUCAUCUAUAGGAUUAUUGAAGGUUAUAUCUAUUCUGACUGGGGAAGCAAUUGGCUGCUACCCCAACCAGUUUUUAUUUAUUUUCAAUGAACUGGCUGUAUUCCACCAAUCCAACCAGAGGUAUUACUUGAAAAUACAUGUAUGUUAUGUAGUAGGAGGACUUCCCUAGUCAAUGGACCUACCUGAGGACAUCAUGCCUGUCCCUUGGUGAGGUAACAUCUUCCUCAGUGCAUUUGAACUGGCAAGAUCUGGUCCUGAAAGAUAUGUGACCAAGUGCCUCUCCCCACACAGCUGGACUCAUCCUCAAUAAGGUACUUCUCCCAGUACAAUAUAAAGUUUCAAAGUUUCCUCUUCUAUGUGGUCUGGUGGGGCAACAUGUUACCUUGGUUAGAUCAAUUUGGGCCCUGUCAUUGAUGGGUCAUCCACCUGGGUUUGAGGAUAAGAGAGAAGAAAGUCCUUCACUUGUGAUUAUACUGGGAGCUUGCUUGCUGGUGCUUGUUCUGUUACAUGGUGUGCAUGCAGUGGCAGGGUUGGUCCAUUCCCUCAAACAAUCAUUGGCAGCCCUCUUUCUGGUGCAAGCUUUGCUCAAGAGAUCCUGUCAUACUCAUUAAGUCAGCAUGCUUUUCAGCAGUACUGAUUGAUCUUUCUGGCUGGGCUAAUGCCUGCACAAUAUUCCCACUGUUAUUUCUUCACCAUUCUACAUAUUUUUCUUCUCUUGCUAUGGUCCUGAUGGCUCAUUUCCAGCAGACCACAAUACUGUACUAGAAUACUGCAUUUUAAUUAGAAAAUGCAUUACUAUUUAAGGGCCCUGAGUGGCCUAGUUUCCUCCAAUUUCCUCAGCUGAUAUGUUUCAAAUGUCAACUGGAGUUUGGUGAUUUAGAGGCUUGGCACUGGGACAUGCAGUAGUCUUUGCUAGGGCUAGAGAGGCGAGUGGAUGAGACAUGUGCUUUAAAUGGGCCUCCAGGGUCCUUACGCUGAUAUACAUGGUUGUAAUCAAAAUGUAGUACAGUAUUGUACUGUAUUACAGAUUACAGUAAGUUAUUUUUUUAAAUAAUGUAUAUUUUUUGUAUGUUUAUUUGAGUGACAUUUAUACUUUUCUAUUGGAGGCAUUUAAUUUUCUAUUAGAUUGUCUCAAAUAAAAAUAUGAUUAAU